ACCAUAACAUAAUCAAUCAUUCAUCUCCACACACUUGAAUUGCAUUUCCUCUAUCAAAAUUUCCAAAUCAUGGCUAGCUCAAUGCUUAUUAAGGUUACUUGUUUGUCUGUGAUGUGCUUGGUUUUGGCCAUUCCAUUAGCAAAUGCUGGCCCUUACUGUAGGGACGUGGUAGAAACUAUACUACCAUGCAUUGAGUACAUUACGACCCCUGGUGCAUCCACCCUCCCUGCACCAUGUUGCAAUGGGAUGAAGAGUUUAAAUGGCGAACCUCAAUAUGUUUGCAGGUGCCUCAAAGAGACCUUCUUCGUCUUACCGGGACUCAAUCUCGCUGCCCUUGCUGCCCUCCCUAAAAACUGCGGUGUCAACUUACCCUACCAGAUUACCCCUGAUAUGAACUGUGACAAGGUAAAUUAGUAUUGAGCAGCUUGCAGGGUUUGUGGUAGUAAUAACCAAAACUUAAUAAUGGAGUUGGCUUAAAUUCUCCGAUUGUAAUCUGAAUCCCCACUAGGAUCUCUUUACUAUGUAUUUUCGAUAAUAAUUAAUAUAAAGUUUGAAA